CUGAAGGAUUGGGUCAAGUUUGGGCACAAUGUCUCGUGCUCAUUUGGCUUCGGCAAUCUAGCAUGCAACCGCUAUGUACUCGCACCCAAAGUGGACAGGUGGACCACCACAUACGAGCCCGUCACCAGCACCUGGCCCGGCGGUGAGCAGAAUGUUAAAAAAAGGGCCGUUUCUGCCCUGACCGAGCAAAGAGUCUCGCCAGCAGCCGAAGUGGGUCUCAAUACCGACGGUCAGAGUAUAGACAAGGAGAGCGGUACAUCUAGGGAAGUACCGAACAUCAGUCAUUCAAGCGGGACUUCAGGGGGGGUGUCAAACCCCAUGCAUAGAGAUGAGGACUCAGUCGGCCCUAAAAACCCGGAGACGGGUGCAGCACACAGCGCGGAUAGUUGGGAGAGGGAUAAAGGGCAAACUAAUACAGGCGAGCAUGAGAGCGCUGCUGCUAUUGGCCGCGACUCUGACUGUGCGAAGGAGACCCGGACACAGGGUGUAUCGAUAAGACAGGUACCACAGACCGAUAGUAGUACAACCACGGUCAACCACAACAAGCCAGGGUGGGGCGCUAGGGUGGGCUUCCCACCACCACUUAAGCGCCAACACACGGCCGCAUUCGCUGGCAAUGCGCAGAUGUACAUGAGAGCACCUGUCCGACAACUACCCAAAUUACUACCCAAGCCAUUCGUAUCUAUGCCAGCCCCGGAGCUAGUUAAAGUUGUAUACGAAGAAGGAAAAUUACCGCCGGGUGCGCCGGUUAAAAUGAGGAGAAAGUUUGCGAAACGGCGUCGUAAGAAAAAGUCUGAUGAGGAACCCGAGGAAAUCUCUGAAGAAAACCCCGAGGAAAAACCUGCUGAAGAGCCUCUGGAGAGUGUAGAGAGUGCGGAGGAUGAAGAAAUAGAUCCCGAGGCAACGGUGACCUUUGGAUGUGACUGGGAGGGGUGUACGUACUACAGCGCGACGGCAGAAGAGACGAAAGCACACUACGAACGUCACUAUAACAAGGAUAAACCGUUCUUAUGUGUGUGGGAGGGGUGUGACAUGUCCUUUAAGGCCAAGAGUCUGCUCAGAGACCACACGCGCACACACUCGCGCGAACAACCGUUUGCGUGCACUUUUAAGGGCUGCACCAAGACCUUCAGUCACCCCGGCAACCUGCAUAAGCAUUUCCGAACUCACACCGGAGAGAAGCCGUACCCCUGUAAGCACCCGGGAUGCCUCUUCAGCGCUGCCCAUAUAGGGAACCUAAAGGGUCAUAUGGCGGUUCAUACAAGACAAAAGGACCAUAUCUGUCCGCAUUUUGAGUGUGGUAAGGCUUACGCACACUUCAGCAGCCUGUUCAAGCAUAUCAAAUCAGUCCAUGGCGGGAUGUCGAUAUAAAGAACCAAACCCCUAAACCCUAAAAAGGACCAUAUCUGUCCGCAGUUUGAGUGUGGUAAGGCGUACGCACACUUCAGCAGCCUGUUUAAGCAUAUCAAAUCAGUCCAUGGCGGGAUAUCGAUAAAAAAAAAGUAUACUUGAUAAAAAAGUUAUUGGC